AUGGCAAAUUCUAGGAUUCACGCGAUUGAUUCACUUAAAACCAAAUCUUUGUUAAAUAUAGAAUCUCAAGAACAAAUUUAUGAAAGCCCUAUUAUUGUUUGUAAGACAACUCAAAAUAUAAAAUCCAUUCUUAAAAAAUAGUAAGGAUUGUAGACAGAAAAGAAGAAACUUUAAUUUAAAGUUGAUUUGAAUAAAACAUAUGUGGUUGAAAAUUGGAAGAUUUAUAACACUCCUUUUGAAGAAGAUGACAGUUGUUGCUGUAUAAUAUAAUGA